UCCGUCUCCGCUGCCUCCCUUCUCGCCUCUUGAGGUCGAAGGUCGAAGCUUCUUUCUCCAAUCUCCACUGCGGCACGGGCCACUCUCCCCUCGACCACUGCAGUCUGCUUGUCGUCCACUUUCCAAUUUGCUCGACAUUUACCCAGUCCCUCCUCUCUUAAUUUCCAUCGAGUGUCUGCGUGAACAAAAGUGUACGGGAAUGCGAGUAUCCUUAGCAGGGUUUCGAAGUUCCUUGCCCCUUUCAGGGUUAAUCAGACAAUUUGAGCAAGAGAUGGAGACUGUGAUUAACGUGCUGCAGCCUGGACCAUUGGGAAUCAUAGAACAUAAAUUUGCAGCUAAGGAGAUCAGUGAGGCUAAAGCUACAGUCCACAGAGCUGUAGCAAAUUGGAAAAGAAAUGCGAGCCUAGAGGAAAGAAACAUUGGUCUGGAAGACUAUAUUCAGAAAUGAAGAAAUCCCGGUAUCAGUGUAUUGUUUUUAAAUCCUCUAUCUUAUUUCUGAUUCUGUUUCUGUCCUUUUUUUUUUUUUUUUUUUUGUUGCUCCCUUAAAUUGUUGUAAUGGAUUGUGCAAAUGAGUACUUGUUGAUAAAUCUGAUAUUACUGGGUGACUGUCUGUUAUAUAGAGUGAAUAAGCAUUAUAAGCGAAGCCAUUGCAUGUCAA